AUGAAGAUUCUUCUGCUUCUGGGCCUGGUGGUCCUAUCAGAAUGUUUGGUGAAGGUCCCUCUCAGGAAGGGGGAAUCUCUCCGUAACCGUCUGAGGAGACUUGGAGUGCUGAAUGAUUACCUAAAGGAUCAUCCUUACAACCCUGCAACAAAAUACUUCACAAAUUUGGCCCAGGCCUCCGGAGAACCUCUUCAGAACUACAUGGAUAUUGAAUAUUUUGGAACCAUAUCCAUUGGAACACCACCUCAGUCAUUCACCGUUAUCUUUGACACUGGAUCUUCCAACCUUUGGGUUCCAUCUGUGUACUGCUCCAGCCAAGCAUGCACCAACCACCACAUGUUUAAUCCCCAGCAGUCAUCCACCUUCCAGGCAACUAACACCCCAGUGUCUAUUCAGUACGGAACUGGGAGCAUGACUGGAUUCCUAGGAUACGACACAGUAACAGUGGGGAACAUCCAAGUCACUAACCAGAUUUUCGGUCUGAGUCAAUCUGAGCCUGGUUCCUUCCUCUAUUACUCUCCAUUCGAUGGUAUCCUGGGUCUGGCUUUCCCUAGCUUGGCAUCUUCUCAGGCCACACCAGUCUUUGACAACAUGUGGAGCCAGGGUCUUAUCCCUCAGGAUCUAUUCUCUGUCUAUCUCAGCUCCCAAGGACAGAGUGGUAGCUUUGUUCUUUUUGGUGGUGUGGACACUUCUUACUACAGUGGUAGCUUAAACUGGAUUCCUUUGACUGCUGAGACCUACUGGCAGAUCACUGUGGACAGCAUAUCUAUAAAUGGACAGGCUAUUGCCUGCAGCGGAUCUUGCCAAGCCAUUGUUGACACCGGAACCUCUCUACUUGCUGGACCUUCUACACCCAUUGCUAACAUUCAAUACUACAUUGGUGCAAGUCAGGACUCCAAUGGACAGUAUGUGAUCAACUGUAACAACAUUAGCAACAUGCCAACAAUCGUCUUCACCAUCAAUGGUGUCCAGUUCCCACUGUCAGCUAGUGCCUACGUACGCCAGAACCAACAGGGUUGUACCAGUGGAUUCCAGGCCAUGAACCUCCCAACCAACUCUGGAGAUUUGUGGAUCCUGGGAGACGUAUUUAUCCGUGAAUACUAUGUGGUCUUCGACAGAGCCAAUAACUAUGUUGGAAUAGCGCCUCUUUCCUAA